CCGCAAGUUUUCAUUCAUCCAUUCACGAAAGCAAUAAUGGCGCAAGAGAAGACUACGACAUCUGAGGCCAUGUUGUUGGAGAAGCUAGAAUGGUGCAUGGAAGAUUUCAAGCGCUGUUCAGAAUGGUGCAACGAAGAUUUCAACCGCCGUUCAGAAUUUAUUCUGAAAAUCUUCGAACCUAGUUCUUCGCCGUCGCCUGAUUAUUCUUCAUCGUCGUUGGCGCCGUCGCCAGAUUAUUCUUCAUCCUCGUUGGAUCUGCGGCUUGAGCUUGUAUCGGCUUCGGAGGCUUCUUUUUCUAUACCUCGCACCGUUUUUAACAUUCUUGUGCCGAUUGUGGUGCCGGUGAUCCUCUACCCACUUAUUACCUACAUCUUCAAACAUUCUAUGCUCAUUCUUCAGGUUGCUUUCGAUCGUGAUACCGACAAAAUCCAACAAGAUCUCGCCUUGAUCGAUACGAGAUCACGGGGAGGAUUCUCUAUUCCAGGCGAAAAGUUGCAUUUCCUUGACAUAAUUUCUUGCAUACACGGUUAUCAGGGUUAUUGUUUUGCUGCCUACUCGAAUGUAAGUAAAACUCCUUUCUUCUCUCAUCCUAUGUUUUUUCAUGCUAUCUUGGUAUAAUUGCUAUUGCCUAGGAAAUUAUUUUGAUGAUGAUAUAACUUCAAGUUUGUGGUCAGCAACCCGUUUCAACUAAAGAAUCUUGUAACUACUUUGUUUGAUUUAUGAGUUUGUUUUUGGCACGAAUCAUUACUGCACACCAAUCACCAAUUACCACUUGCAUGUCUCCCAAAAUAACUCAAACACAAUCGGAAUGGAUGGUGUUGUGUGAAUCAGUCACAAUAUUGCAGGUAACACUUCGCAAAUGUUGUAUGGAAAUCCAAAACGACGCUUCAUUCUUUGCUCCUUGAAAACUCUUCAAAAUGGUUUGGAAAACAUGCAAGGCUGUCUAUAUAAGUGGAAAGCUAUUUUUUGUGGUUACCCUUUAAAUGUAUAUUGUUGGCGUAAGUGGAGUAAGUUCUCAGAAUUAUUGGCUAUAUUGAGAAAAAUUGUAAUCAAAAGCUAAGAGUCAUGCGUGCAAUGCACGCGGUUUACAAAAAUAGGAGCAAAUAUGUGACCACAAAGCAUAUAAAAAGUGGAAAUUUAGAAUUUAAAAGCUUAAAAUGUAAAGUAAAAAUUGGGAAGGCAACUUGGGUUGUCAAUAGUCCAAAUAAGUCCAGAAACUAAAGAAUUUGCACUCUUACAAUCCGUCACGGAAAUGUUAGAUCGAUAUUUUACAAAAUUUCAAAACCCAACAAGUUAAAGGGCUGCAAGCCAAUAGAGUUUUUGAAUAUUCAAGCUUGGGUCGGGACAUUUACGCUCUGCUUGCGCUUGGCUCUCUAGGUUUGCACCUAGCUUGAGCUCGGCUCGAGUGAAGUCAUCUUGUUUGCUUCAACCCCUUCGUCAGGCAUGUGGCAUCGACCACAAUGGUGACUAGCUCUCUGAAUAUUCAAGCUCAGGUCGCUACAUUAACACUUUACUUGAGCUUUGCUCUAGCUCGAUUCGAUCCAAAAUUGCUGGGUUUGCACCAAGCUUGAGCUCGGCUCGAGUGGAGUUAACUUGUUAGCUUCAGCCCCUUUGUCAGGCAUGUGGCAUAGACCAUGAUGGUGACUAGCUCUCUCUGAGUUCCCGUAGUUAUACUAUAUUUUACACUUGUAUAUGUAUGAGAGUGCAACGUCAGAAGAAUGAUUCAAAUGCUUUGAUUCUCCUUUUUCUCAUAAAAUUGCUUGGCUUCUUCGCACCUUCUUUUUAAUCAAAACGCAACCCAUGGCAACCUCCUCUCAAAUUUCUCUACAAACAAGUUUUCCCAUCAUCCAUUACUUUUACUGAAACAUCAAACUUGAACUUAUUUCCACCCACAAAUUCUCGCACAUAAACC